AUGGCCGGCCGCCUAGAAGCCAGGGGAUCCGAGAAGCCACGUGAAUGGGCCCAACUGGGCAGCAGGGCCACGGAUAACCUCCCUCCUGAGGCCUUGGAGUCCUUCUCGGAAGAGGUACAGAGUUCAAGUUCACUCAGCUCCCCUGGAGGGCCGCUGCCCUCGCCUCCGGUCUCAGGGGACAAACCUGAGAGUGGAAAGCCCCCUGCACGCUUGUUGGAGUAUCAAGACAAACGAUCCGAGCUUUCAGAAGAGAGGUUUAGUCGGAAAAGAAUCGACUACCUCAAGGGCAAGGAGUCUAAUGCUGGCGGACACCCACCAGACACUCAGCUUCCAUCAGAGGUCACUCCGGUGUCUGAUGAACAGACGCGUGCCCUGCAGACGUUUUGCUCCGUGAAGGUGAACCUGAUGCACCGCAGAGCUACCUCUAAAGGAAAGAAGCGCAGCAGACAGCAGGAGCCGCAGCUCAGGUCGCAUGCAGAGGCUCCAGAGGUGGAUGCCGCCAGCUGUACUGCCCCCGAUGAGCUUUUGAACAGAAUGCAUUUAAAAAACGUGAUGGCAACACUAAAGCAGGCGGCCGCAGUUAAGCAACACGUGCCCUCGAGGUGCCCUGAUUGUAUCAGAAAAAGAGCAGAACUGGCUCACUCUGCCUUCCUGAAACGAAAGAAGACUUUACUGGAGACACUUCUUCUCCAAGAGAAAAUAGAUGAGCAUCUUCAUACUAAAGACUUCCUCACCUUUAUUGGAGAAGCUCACCGGGGCCUUCCCAGGCUCUCAGAUGACCCCAGAAUAAUCUGGAAAAGACUGAAUGAGAAAAGCCAGAAGAGAGACUCUGGUUUUGAAAGGUCGGAUCCAGAGCAGAAGAUGUAG